AUGUUUCUGCCGAUAUAUAUCUUCAUAGCGAUUUCAAGUGCAGCUGUCGAUGACCAGUGGGCAUUUGUUCGUCGCCGACUUGAAUUGUCUAGCAGAACCGUCAAUAUCGAAGGAAACGACGCAUGGCUGCCAAACAGUGGGAAAAUCGGAUGUGGUUAUAACUUAGCUCGCGGAUCUCCUGUCUGUUAUACAAGUGAUUGUCAAAUGAAUGGGUUCGGUCGACCUGUUUUUGCACUAGAAUAUACGAAACGUUCUGUCGGUUCAUGUGAUGAAAGACUGAUUCCAGACAAUGUCAAUCUUGAUUGUUUUCCCUCCACUGAUAGUACGUCCAAUACAGAAGUCAUCAGUACAUUACAUCAACUUCAAGUGAGUACAACAAAAGGCAUUGAUACGCAAACAAGUGUAUCUGGGGGUUUUGCUGGUUAUUCAGCAUCUUUUUCCUAUGCUCAUUCAGAGCAAACCCGAUCGAUGAUUGAUACUAUUGUCAAGGAGAAAUCCACUGUAUUAUUUACUACACUGAAAACGUCGUGGGUACGUCUUUCGUUGUUCGAACCCAAAAUGAAUUUGUCUGAUGAUUUUCAUUUCGUCAUUGAACAUGUGCCUUGUUGUGAGUUGAACAAAUCAUCAGAGGAAUAUAUUCGGAGGUAUAUUAUCGAUUACUUCGGAUAUGCAUAUGUGCACGACAUGCUACUCGGUGGUGUUGCUCAACAACGAAUUGUAAUUACUCAAAGUGAUCGCAGUAACCUUGAGAAAAAUGGUUGGACUGUUUCGAAUGAGGCAAGCAUGAGUGCUGCGGCACGACAAAUAUUUUCAACUUCAGUCAAAGUAAAAACUACCGAGACUUACGAUAAAGAAAAACUGGACACAUUCAGUCGAUAUACACGACAAGAUCGUGUAACGACCCUAGGUGGAGACAUUAUCUUACAAUCAUUUGAAGAAUGGUCUAAGACAGUAAAAACAAAUCCAGUCAUUAUUAAAUUUGGAGUUUCGCUUAUAUUCGAUUUAUUGACAAACAAACAUUUUCCAAACGAUUCAGACAUUGUCAGAAAAUCUCAACUAAUCCAAAAAGUCAUUGAAAAGUAUUUGAUCAACCCAUUAUACUGUUACAAUCAAUGUACACACCCCAGUCAUGGUACAUGCAUAGAUAGUGGUUAUUUUCAAUUUGGUGUAUGUGAAUGUCACAACGGAUGGACAGGACUCGAUUGCAGUACAGAAGUUGAUGGUCAAAUUCAAGCACAAACUGAUACUCAUGGUGUAUGCACUGUUUGGGGCGGCUUUCAUCUCGUUGGUUUUCCUGUUAGUUCGCAACAAAUGAAUCUAAGAUCAGGUUAUUGGUGCCGAGCAACUGGAAGAACACUGCUUGUUAAGAAUCCCUUCAUCGAAUUUUAUAUCAAUGUAACAGCUAGUUCAUAUCAAAUUGAAUAUUAUGAGAUCAUUUUCUUCUACAACGGACUCAAAUUAUGUACAAUCACACCGCAAAAUGAAAAUUGUUCAAGUGAAUUUGUGGAAGUGAAACGUCUCCAAGAUUCACCAACUAGUAGACAAAUAUUUUACUAUAUUAGUGAUCAAAUGGAAAUCACUAUAUAUUCACAAUUGGUGGCCAAUCGACUCGUUUAUAAUAUUGAAACAAUACAAAGCUAUUAUCUUAUCCGCGCUUCUUCAGGCCUAUGUGUCACCCGACUGCGUCAAUGUCGAAUUGAGAGUUCACCGCGACGAAAACGUUUCAUAGACGAAACAACAGCCUAUGAAGUUUGUAAUUUAUUUAUCAAUGAAGCAAGUAAAACCGUCAAAAAACUUCUUGGUAACAGUGCUAUGUCAUCGAUCCCCCAUGCUCGUGAGGCAUGUGUUACUGAUAUUCUUUCUAGUAGUAAUGCAGCAUGGGGCGAAAGUGCUGUCUGGCUGAUAGUUGCUAACAGCAUUCGUCAGGCGUCUUUAUCGCGUAGUGAACGGACAGCAAUGGUGGCACAAAUCUAUUCUAGUGUGCAAGAAGCGGUAAAACGCGCAAAGCCACAAGCAGCAUUGAUUGUAUGA